AUGUCGUCAAUGCGAAAUGCUGUGCAGAGGCGAGUGCAUCGCGAGAGAGCGCAGCCAGCUGCACGCGAAAAAUGGGGUCUUUUAGAGAAACAUAAGGACUACUCCCUCCGAGCCAAAGACUACAAUCUCAAAAAAGCGCAACUACAACGUCUGAGAGAAAAGGCUCGGGAUCGUAAUCCUGAUGAAUUUGCCUACGGAAUGAUGUCAGAACGCUCCAAGAUACAUGGGAAACACGGAGCUAGAGAAUCAAAGUCACUUAGCCAUGCGACUGUGAGCCUAUUGAAGACCCAGGAUGCUGGAUAUUUGCGCGUAGUAGGGGAAAGGAUCAGAAGACAACUUGUGCAGACCGAACAGGAAGUGGAUUUGCAGAAAGGGAUCCAGAAAGCAGAGAGCCUUGGUGGGAAGAAAGUAAUUUUUGUCGACUCCGUGGAGGAGCAGCAAGAGAAAGCGUACAGAGGUGAAAACGAAGACGAAGAUGACGCCGACGAGAAGCUGAACAUUGGCGAUUCGAAGCAGAGUACCGGUACAAUAUCGAAAAAGCAACUAGAGGCCGAGAAACGGGCGAGAAAAGAGAUAUUCGUUGCUAGACGGUUAAAAGAGAAAGCCGCCGAGUCACGGUUAAAGAAGCUUACGGCCCUCAAGCAACAACAUGCAGAUGUUUCUGCUGCUGAGGAAGAAUUGGCUUUGCAAAGGGCGAAGAUGGCUAGAACUGUAGGGGGUGUGAACAAACAAGGCGUCAAGUGGAAGUAUUUCAAGGAUGAAUCACCCUAA